ACGAAAUAAGUUUUGAGAACUGAAAUCAAUACCAAGCUGCUAGAUUGUCAUUGGUCAAAAUAGUUAUCUGUAACAUAAAACAGCCAAUGAACGAGCAAGAAAUUGUUAUCAUUGACAGCACUGCGCGCAGUGUAACAGUCUGAUUUUACACUUGCUGUGAUCGUGCCUAUCGUGAUUUUCGUGGAAAAUCCUAAAUAAAUAUGGCUGGUGAAGUAUCCACUGUUGCGAAGCCCCAGAUGCGUGGCCUCCUCAACGCUGUGAUCAAGCGUAACCUGAUUGUGGCUCUUACUCUCGCGGGCAUCUCUGGCUUUGCCUUCAAGCAGCUCGUCGGCAAUGAACGCAAGAGGAAGUACGCAGAGUUCUACAGAAACUACGAUGCGGAGAAGGAAUUCGAGGAGAUGAGGCAGAAGGGCCUGUUCCAGUCGUGCUAGAGCGUGGCGCCGUAGUGUAGUAUUAUUGCUGUGAAUAUGUUAAUUUAAAUGAACAAUUAAAUAAUGCCGAUAACGUA